GAGGGCCGCUUCCGGCCGCUGCGCCCGUUACCAAAAUGGUCGAUGCAGCUUCACGGGGCGGUACAAGAAAAGGCGGCUAAGGAUUCGCAGACGGGAUGUCGCGGACGGCGCUGAGCCGCUUGCCGACGCUACUUCGUAGUGUGCGGACCCAGGAUUCCGGACCGCGGCGGCUUUGGGAUUUGGGGGCUCGCCUAAAGACCGCGGAGAGACUUCGGGGCUGGGCCUGGGGCUGGCGGAGCUCGAGCUCCGCGCCGGGAUCAGGGCGUGCGGCGGCGCUGGGGCGCGUGGAAGCCGACCACUAUCAACUCGUCUACACCUGCAAGGUCUGUGGGACUCGGUCAUCCAAACGCAUCUCAAAGUUGGCCUAUCACCAGGGCGUGGUCAUCGUGACUUGCCCCGGUUGCCAGAACCACCACAUCAUCGCAGACAACCUAAGCUGGUUCUCUGACCUGAAGGGGAAGAGGAACAUUGAAGAGAUCCUAGCAGCCAGAGGAGAGGAGGUACGCCGAGUGUCUGGUGACGACGGUGCCCUGGAACUGAUUCUGGAGGCUGCUGAACCGCCUGCCACCCCAGAAGGGGGUGAGGAUCCCCCCAGCCCUGGCAAGAUGGAACAGAGCUGACCUGUACACUCCUACAGCUGUGGACUCCAGUCUUCCCAAAAGUUGCUCCCCUCAGUCGGAGCCUCUCAAGCCUGCUGUUCCUUGUCAGUAAAAAGCCAUCACCUCCAGGCACUGGGCCUGGACUCCUGUUUUUCUCUUGUGAAGUCAGAACAGCUCUGUGGCUGUCAGAGCCCAGCCUCAUGCCCACCCAUAGUGGCCACAGGGGUGGCUUCAGGGGUGGCUUUGUCCCAGUGCAGUCGGUCUCCUUCCUAAGUAGGACUGAAUCUGGUCUUGAGUUAGACUCGUGGCCUCGGGCAUUUUUUUGUUCCUCAGAGCUCUUUACUUCUUCCUCCUAUAUGAUCUGCCUUCCCCGGGCUACCCCCGGCGGCUUCUGUUGUAUGAGCUAGUGUCCAGCCCAGCCCGGAGUCUUGGUUUCUGUAGCAGAACUGGCUGCUCUGGGUGGCCAGAGGAGCAGAGCACUGCUCAGAGGCUAAGGAGAGUGAUCCAGGCAGAGGCACUCCACACACAUACACACCCCCAUGCCCCCAUGAGCUGACUGCACCUCUCAGUCCUCCUGUUUUGAGGUCCAGGAGGAGAUGCGUGGAAGUGAUGAGGGCCGUAUCAUGCCUACCUUGGUGUGUGCUUCAUCUCCUAACUUGGUUUGACACGCCUUUGGGAUAGUCUUGUGUUUAGGAAGUCAAGCAGAUGCACAAACAGGCUUUUUGUGGGAGUUUCUGGGCCCUGUGACCUUCAACAUCCGGCAGGGGGAAACCUGGGACAGGAGGGUGGGGCAGGCAGUUGACACUGACACAAUGCCUCCCUGGCUCCUGGGACCCCAGCUAGUGAUUAGCAGUUCACUCUGGGCCGUGGGAGGCCGGGUGUACUUGCAGUCUGUGCCUUCACUCGAUUACCCCCUGUCCUUCCCUCAGCAAACACCCUGCUAUUAUCCCCACCAGAGCCUCCUGUGCCAUUUGUACAAACUGUCACAUCCUAGAGGCAGAGCCAGCCUCCGACUCCAGUGUGCUCCCUGUGGAGGACACAGAGGUCAGAGGAGCUGAUUGAUCGCCUUGCUUGUGGACCUUCAAGUCAGGAGCCAGUAGAGCCUGGCUGGGCUAACUCGUCCUCAGCGGACUAGAGCUGUCGGAGGCCUGGGGCUGGCUAGACCUGACAGUAAGAGCUGGAUCUGGCGUGUCCCCUCUGGAUGGGCAGCCCAUGAUUUGGACUUAACUCCCGUGUGUGCCUUCUGCAUGGUGCUGUUCCAGAGCCCCCUUCCCAGGGAGGGUCUUCUGUGUAUCAGGCUCUCACUUGAAGCUUCGCUUUCCACACGGUCCAUUCUUGCAGACUCACCAUGGGCCACAGUUCCCAUCAUGUGGCCAGGUUCCUGACGGCCUGGAAUUGUUCUGGCUAGUUUAGUUCUCCAUUCCUUCCUCCCUCCCUUUCAGUGGAGACUUCAAGCACCACCCCAACAUCAUAGUCCCUCUUGGCCAGACCAGGGCUUUCAGUGUGACUCCUGGCGGGUGGCUUGGCUCUCACAAUACAUCCCCUUCCUGUGGCAGCCAUCUCUGGGAGCUGGCCUCCCAGCACCUGAGCAAUUUCAGCCUGCCGGGAAGGAGGCGUGGCCGCCUCUAGAGCAACCACAGUGCUCUAAGACUAAGAAUUCUCUGGGCUAUUUUACUGAUCUUGGCUAUGUUCUGCUUCCCUUGGCCCAUCAGGACACUCCCCAAAGGGCCCAGUCAGGGUCCAAGUCACAUGGGGUGCAAGUCCAGGCCUUCUCCAGGUUCCUCUGUGGCUUAGAACGGCAUAAUCCAGUGCUUAUAAUAUGAACUGCUAAGACAUAGGGCUCUGUGGCUGGGUCCAAUCCAGUUGGGGAAGCUGCUUGGAAGGGCUAGUCCUGAGUGUUAACUACUGUACUCUGACAUCCCUGGCUUCUGCUUCCUGUCUCUGAAAAGUCAGAAUAAUGGAGAACAGCAGAGAAAGCAGCAGUAGCGGCUCUGGCCCCGCCUCUCACUGUUGCACGCAGCAGGGACAUUCCUCAGGAUCCCAGGUCCCUUGUACGCUGGAAGACACUGCACUGGGCACGUCAAUACC